GGCUCCGAUUGGGAAUUGGUGAGAGGCGGAGCGAGUGGAGUUCUGCGUGUGUUCCUCCCAGACUCCAGCGGACAGCUCACUCGCUUCAUUGUAUGAGCUGCUCUGGCUGUGGUUGGGAUGGCCGGGGAUCUUCAGACAGGAGCCCUGUGUGAGCCCCCAGUCCAGGGGAGCAGACUGAAGCAGAAGGGACAGAAGAUCCAGGAGAGGGGCCAGUGGGCAAACAAGUGGGAGUUCAUCUUGGCUGUUGCUGGAUCCAUUGUUGGGCUGGCAAACAUGUGGAGGUUCCCCUACCUGUGCUACAAAAACGGAGGAGGCGCUUUCUUCAUUCCCUACGUCCUGUUCCUGUUUACCUGUGGGAUCCCCCUGUUCCUGCUGGAGACGGCUAUGGGGCAGUACACCAGCCAGGGAAUUAUUACUUGCUGGAGGAAGACCUGCCCCCUGUUUGAAGGUGUAGGCUAUGCCAGUCAAGUGAUUAUAACUUAUGCCACCAUCUAUUACAUCAUCAUCCUGGCCUGGGCCUUCUUCUACCUGUUCUCCUCCUUCAGCUCUGAGCUGCCCUGGGCCAGCUGCAGAAACACCUGGAACACAGACUCCUGCCUGGAGCUGGAGAACAGAAGCAACUCCUCCAACGCCUCUCUUCCUGGAAACACUACCACUCCCGUGAUGGAGUUCUGGGAGAGGAGGGUGCUGGCUAUCUCCGGUGGGAUUGAUGAGGUGGGCAGCCUGAGAUGGGAGCUGGCCCUGUGUCUCCUGCUGUCCUGGGUCAUCUGCUAUUUCUGUGUGUGGAAGGGAGUGAAGUCCACUGGGAAGGUGGUGUACUUCACAGCCACUUUCCCCUAUGUGAUGCUGGUGGUGCUGCUGGCCCGAGGACUCACCCUGCCUGGAGCCAUUGGGGGCAUCAUCUUCUACCUCUACCCUGACCCAGCCCGGCUCGCCGACCCACAGGUGUGGAUGGACGCAGGCACACAGAUCUUCUUCUCCUACGGCAUUUCACUGGGCAUUCUAAAGACCCUCAGCAGCUAUAACAGAUACAACAAUGACUGCUACAGGGACACUUUCUGGUUGUGCCUCCUGAACAGUGGAACCAGUUUCGUCUUCGGUUUUGCCAUCUUCUCGGUGCUGGGCUUCAUGGCCCAGGAGCAGGGGGUGGACAUCUCGGAGGUGGCUGAGUCUGGGCCCGGCCUGGCCUUCAUCGUGUACCCGCGAGCGCUGGCGCUGAUGCCCCUCCCGCAGCUGUGGAGCGUCUGCUUCUUCCUGACGGUCAUCGUGCUGGGCGUGGGCAGUCAGUUUGUGCACCUGGAAACGAUGGCAGCGGGGCUCAUGGACCUGUUCCCCGGGGUGCUGCGGAGAGGGCACGGGCGCCAGCUGCUCCUGCUGCUGCUCUGCGGGGCCUGCUUCCUGCUGGGCCUGCUCAUGGUCACUGAGGGUGGCUUGUAUCUCUUCCAGAUCUUCGAUUUUUACAGCUGCAGUGGCUUCGUCCUCCUUUUUAUCUCUGUCUGUCAGUCUCUGGCUAUUGGCUGGGUGUAUGGUGCUGACCGUCUCUAUGACAACAUUGAGGACAUGAUUGGCUAUCGGCCCAGGCCUCUGAUUAAGUACUGCUGGCUCUACAUCACCCCGGUCGUCUGCACAGGUACCUUUAUCUUCUCCCUGGUGAAGUACACACCCCUGAAGUUCAACAACUCCUAUGUGUACCCAGACUGGGGGUACGCCCUGGGCUGGCUGCUGGCCCUUUCCUCCAUGCUCAGCAUCCCACUGUGGACGGUUUAUAAACUCCGGCAAAUUCCCGGGACACUGCACCAGAGGCUUGUCUUGCUCUGCCGCCCAGCAGACGACCUUCCCAGGGAGCAGAAGCCCCCGGACAGCUGCCCUUUGAACUCUGAACCCUGGCCUCUUACAGAAAAGGAGGAAACUGAGUAGGUGUAGCAGCUGCGUCCACUGAGACUUGUGUCACUGCGGGGCGACACAGGCUGUUACCCCACUGUAAACACACAGCUGCAGGGCAGCAUCAUCGGCCUCAGCUCUGGGGAACCACAGAACUUCCUGGCUUCAGCCCGCCUGGAACUUUCCUUUAGAUAACCGAUCUGGUCUUUGGACUGAAGAACAUGAACGUGUCGCCCCAGGCAGAGAAAGAGCUCACGGCUACUAUGUUUUGAAAUGCAUCUGUCUAUUAAAGUACAUUUGACCUGAAAACCUGGCCUCUUGAAGCAGAGUCUGAACUCCUCUAAUGUUUAAAAUGAACUGGAACAGAUUCUGACCAUUUUGAUUGUAAAAGACCGUCUGUGUUUGGUCAUCUUAUUAAAAAGUACUCUGCAGUAUGGAGCAAA